GGCACAGCCAUCCUGACACAGCCCCCCUUUUGGUGACCAGGUUAUGUCCUCCUCACCCUGGUAGACAACUUCACGGUGAUAUUCUGCCAGUGUGCGCGUGGACUCAGACUACUCCCUUCUGCCACCUCCCUCUUAAAAAGAGGACAGAUUGAGUGGUCUCUGUAGCCGAGACCCAGCGUGUGCUAGUGACGGUGGAGAGGGGAAGAUGACAAACGUGGGGGACAUGAUCCCAGGAGAGGAGCGGGAACAGGGUGAGUGGGAGGAGGUUCUAAAUUAUCCAUCAGUAGCCCCAUGCAUAAAUGUACAGAGAACACAGGUAAGGCGAGGGGGAGCGAGAAGGAGCCAGGGUAUAAAAAGGGCCCGCAUGAGCUCAAUUCCAGGAUCCUAGGACCCAGCUCCCCAAACUGCUCAGGGACCUGAGGACAGCUCACCCAGCUGGCAUGGCUGCAGGACCUCGGACCUCCGUGCUCCUGGCUUUCACCCUGCUCUGCCUGCCCUGGCCUCAGGAGGUGGACGCCUUUCCCAACAUGCCCUUGUCCAGCCUGUUCGCCAACGCUGUGCUCAGGGCUCAGCACCUGCACCAACUAGCUGCUGACACCUACAAAGAGUUUGAGCGCACGUACAUCCCAGAGGGACAGAGAUAUUCGAUCCAGAACGCCCAGGCUGCCUUCUGCUUCUCAGAGACCAUCCCAGCCCCCACCGGCAAGGACGAGGCCCAGCAGAGAUCUGACAUGGAGCUGCUCCGCUUCUCGCUGCUGCUCAUCCAGUCAUGGCUCGGGCCUGUGCAGUUCCUCAGCAGGGUCUUCACCAACAGCCUGGUGUUCAGCACCUCAGAUCGCGUCUAUGAGAAGCUGAAGGACCUGGAGGAAGGCAUCCAAGCCCUGAUGCGGGAGCUGGAAGAUGGCAGCCCCCGGGCUGGGCAGAUCCUCAAGCAAGCCUACGACAAAUUUGACACCAACUUGCGUAGUGACGACGCACUGCUCAAGAACUACGGGCUGCUCUCCUGCUUUAAGAAGGACCUGCACAAGGCUGAGACGUACCUGCGGGUCAUGAAGUGUCGCCGCUUCGUGGAAAGCAGCUGUGCCUUCUAGCUGCUGGCCAUCUCUGUUACCCCUCCCCAGGGCCUCCCCUGACCCUGGAAAGUGCUCCUCCAGUGCCCACUGUCCUUUCCUAAUAAAAUAAAACUGCAUCAUGU